CACCAUUAAAUAUAAUUCCAAUCAAUAAACAUGGGUUCAUCAAAUUCACACAAGAAAUUAAGAAUUACCAAUUGUAAAGAAAUCGGCCAAGCUCGAGAAAAACUACUUGAGAAAUAUCGUAUAAGUCAUGGAGUCAUUGGUGAAGGAGCCUUUGGCAAAGUCUAUAAAGGGACCUCUAUUGAAGACUCUCAGAACAAAGUUGCAAUCAAAGCUUUCAAGAAGAAGCAGCUGUUUGACGAUGAUGUCAAGUCGAUCGAAUCUGAAAUCAAGGUUCUUUGUCAACUCGACCAUCCUAAUAUCAUCAAAUACUAUGAAUCUUUUGCAGAUGAGGGAAAUAUGUACAUUGUCACUGAUUACAUCAAGGGACAGACCCUUUCUAAAAUGCUCGAGAAGGUCAGUUUCGCCUUAAGUGAAACUGAAGCAGCUCGUGUGCUUUAUCAGUUGGCUAGUGCCCUUAAUCAUUGACAUUCAAAGCAUAUUAUGCACAGAGACAUCAAGCCAGCUAACAUUAUGGUUGAUACAAAGAUGCACGUUACUCUUAUAGAUUUCGGUCUCUCCAAUGUGUUCUCAAAGAAAAAAAUUCUAAGGUCCGCAUGAGGGACUCCCUCAUUCAUGUCCCCAGAGACUAUCACUGGGAGCUAUAAUGAGAAAUGAGAUGUAUGGUCAUUCGGCAUCUUGAUGUACCUCCUUCUCACAGGGAGACUUCCCUUUAGUGGGGAGACACCAAGAGACCUCCUGUCAGAAGCACUUAGCUGUCAACUGCAGCUAGAAAGUUCACUUUGGGAAGAUAUUUCCAAAGAUGCUAAAAAUUUAAUCAAAAAGAUCAUUAGCACAGACGUGAAGGAAAGAUACAGUAUCCAGAAAGUCCUCGAGCAUCCUUGGUUCGAUCAAGUCAGAGACGACUCAACCGAAGAUAGCCACAGUGAGGCUGAACUUAGGGUCCUUGAAACCCUUGCUGGAUUUACCACAGAAAACAAGUUCACCAAAGCAUGUAUGAGAGUCAUCGCCAGCAUCACCAAAAUGCCGCAAGACCCAGCCAUCAGCCAGGAAUUUAGCAAAAUCGAUGAGAAGCAGAACGCUAUCAUCUCUAAGGAGGAGCUCCGAAAUGCUUUUGAUAAGAAAGCUCUUUCCCUUUCUGACAAAGAGAUCAAUGCGAUUAUUGGUGAUCUGAAUUACUCAGGCGAGCAGCACAUAAACUACACUGAGUUUUGCACUGCCUCGAUGGAUAAGUAUGAAGUACUCAGCCCAAAAAAUUGCAAAACCCUCUUCAACUAUUUCGACACUGAUAAAGACGGUGUUGUCACCCAAAAAGACAUAUUUUUGGGACUGGAGAAAUCUGGAAUUUUCACGAAAGCUCAAAUCAAGGCGAUCGUCAAAGACUCUGGUAUCUCCAAGGCCAAGGCCUUUGAGUUGGAAGAGUUUGAAGAGCUUGUCUCCUUCUAGAAAGCUCCUUCUUUCUGCUACACAGCAGUAUAUAAUAAUAGGUUAUUAAAACAUUA